GUGAGUAAUAAUAGAAUUUUUAAUGUAAAGGAGAAGAACUUGAAAUCACAAAACAAUGACACAACAUUCAUCAACAACUGCUUUAGCUGAGGAGCUUGCAAAAGCCGUUGACUUGAUAAUGCAUCCACAAACAACUCAACAAGCUCGUAUGGAAGCUUACAUUGCUUGCGAACGAUUUAAAGAGGAAUCUCCUCUAUGUGCUGAAGUAGGGCUAUACUUAGCUAGUGCACCUCACUUUGGACAAAAUGUCAAACAUUUUGGACUCCAGCUAAUGGAGUAUACUAUUAAGCUGAAGUGGAAUUGCAUCGCACACGAAGAAAAAAUAUUUAUUAAAGAAAAUGCCAUGAAGUUGCUAUUAUUGGGAGUAGGUCCUGCAGAGGACGCCAGUUUAGCUCAUUUGAAAGAUGCAUUAUCGCGUAUAAUUGUUGAAAUGAUAAAGAGAGAAUGGCCACAGCAAUGGACAAGUCUAUUAUCCGAACUUUCCGAAGCAUGUACAAAAGGAGAAUGUCAAACAGAGUUAGUACUUUUAGUAUUUUUAAGAUUAGUGGAAGAUGUUGCGAUACUUCAGACGAUAGAGUCAAAUCAACGUCGAAAAGAUAUGUACCAAGCUCUUACGAAUAACAUGAAUGAUAUAUUUGAAUUUUUUUUACGGCUUGUGGAACUCCAUGUGACUGCAUUUCGCGAAGCUACAACACAUACAAAUUAUCAAAGAGCUAAAGCUCAUAGUCGCGUUGUGGAUAUGGUAUUAUUAACUGUAACUGGAUUUGUUGAGUGGGUUUCAAUAAGUCAUAUUAUGUGUAGCAAUGGUAAAUUGCUUCAAAUACUAUGUAUACUACUAAACGAUAAGGCCUUUCAAUGUAACUCCGCUGAAUGUUUGUCGCAAAUUACAAAUCGGAAAGGACAGUUAAAAGAAAGGAAACCAUUAUUAAUGUUGUUUGGAGAGGAAUUAAUGCGUUAUAUAUUCAGUGCUAGCCAAGUAUUACCAGAUUUAACAGUUCCUACGUCUAUUGAACAAAAUCACAUAUUUUUAAAAAAAAUAAUUACUGUUUUAAAUGGAAUGGCUCAGCAAUUGUAUGUACUUUGGGGAAAGGAAGAAGGUACAAUGCAUAGACCUCCUCAUUUUGAAAUCUUUUUAGAAUGCAUUUUAUCUUUGACACGACAUCCCUCUUUGACUAUAACUCAUGGUGCUUGUCUUAUAUGGAAUAUUCUGAUUAAGCACGAUGCCAUUGCAAAAGAUAAUGUUAUAAAUAUAUACGUGCAAAAACUCAUUGAAGUUAUUGCACCUAAAAUUAUUAAAACAUCGUAUCCAAAUAGUCGUACCAUACCACUGAAUAUAAGCACGGCAGCAUAUAUUUGUUUAGAAUUUGACAGUGAAGAAGAAUUUGCUAUUUUUUAUCAUCGAUGUCGUGCUGAUAUCCUGGAACUAUUUAGACAAACAACAUUGAUACAACCGCUUAUCACAUUUGCAUGCUGUGAACAAUGGUUGAAUGUUCGCUUAUCAAAAGCUCAUACCGAAACAGGAAAUGAAUCUUGUAGUGUUCAAGACCCAAUUUAUUUAGAAUGGGAAGCUCUUGUUUCUGUAAUUGAUAGUGUAGUCAGCCGUAUAUUAAUGGUAUCAGAACGUCCAUCAGUGCAAUCAGGCUUACAACUUCUUGAGCAAUGUUUAAAAAUAGAAACAAACAAUCCAUUGAUACUCUCUGUAUUGUUGUCGUGUAUAUCAGCGCUUUUUGUUUUUCUUAGUAUGUCUGCUUGUCAAAUAAGUUCUAACAACGUAGUUGCUAUGAGUGGAGUUUCACUUUUGCCGAGAGUGCUGGAUAAAAUUUUUACGGCAUUGGUGUAUAAUGACAAGCAUAUCUAUGCGAAAGAAAAUUCGAAUCGUCUACAAGCAUGUAAAAAUUUACGUCGGCAUGCGGCAUCGUUAAUGGUAAAGUUAGGCCAUAAAUAUCCAUUGUUGUUGUUACCAGUUUUCGAUCAAAUAAAUUUACACGUGAAGACUAUAGUACAACAACCUCAACAUCAAAUAAGCAAAAUGGAAAGAAUUACUUUGCAGGAAGCACUUAUACUUAUUUCCAAUCAUUUCUGUGAUUACGAACGUCAGUCUGCAUUUAUAGGUGAUAUAUUGAAGGACGUUUUGCAUCGCUGGACAACAUUUUCAAAUGUAUUUAAAUCGGCAUUUGAUUUUAUGAACUAUGUGGGUUUAAACAAAGCUCCAGUAUAUCCUUUUGAAAGUGACCCAAAUUGUGCCAAUCGAGGAAACAUUAUAGAAGCAUUGUAUAUCGUGCUUGGUGUAAUUAAGCGAUGUUCAUGGCCUGAUGAUCCUGAUCGUGCUUCACGUGGUGGUUUUGUUGUUGGAUUCACUGAACUUGGAAAUCCUAUAUAUCGCAAUCCAGCUUCACCUUAUAUUAUUCCCUUAUUGCCUCACAUUCUACCAUUACUUCGCAUAUUGAAUGAGCUCUUUAGGCGUGAAGCGCUGGAAACACUUUCUGAUGGAUACAAAAAUAUACAUACAAUGUUGGAACAUGAAAAGAAAAACUUGAUGGGUGUAUGCAGCGUGCCUACUGAUCCACUGGACCCUGCAAUUAAAAAACAACACACCCCAUUUGAUAAAAUGCAGCACUUUAUGACAUUAAUUUAUGAAGGAUGCUAUCAUAUGCUGGGAUCGACUGGUCCAUCUUUGGGACGAGACUUGUAUCAACUACAAUGUAUUGCAGAAGCCUUAAUAAGUAGUGUUUUUGCCUCUUUAGAGGAAGUUCCUGAUCAUCGCUUACGUCCUAUAAUUCGUGUAUUUUUUAAACCAUUUGUUUAUUCGUGUCCGCCUGCUUUUUACGAUACAGUUCUUUUGCCUUUAUUUGUCCAUAUUACACCUCUAAUGUGUGACCGACUAAUGACACGAUGGUGCUACAUAACAUCUCUAUAUGAAUCCGGGCAGCUCAGUGAAGAACUAAACGAUUCACAAGAGGUAUUAGAAGAUAUGUUAAAUCGAACCCUUACAAGAGAAUACUUAGAUAUUUUAAAAAUAGCACUAGUUGGUGGUCAGAUAAGCGCAGAUAAUGUCGCUUGUACCACAAUUGAUGUAAUGGAUCACGACGAGCAUUCAAUGGAUGGCGUUACUCAUUCUCGUGCUACACAGUCAGCACUAUUAUCGGAUAUUAUAAGUGACUUAGGAGCGAAAUUACUAAAAAAUACUAUUACUAGUAACUAUAUUUUAAGAACUUUACUAAGUGCACUAUCUUGGAAUGACGGUAUUUGUAGUAAAAAGGCUGUUAAUAUAUUAGCUCCAGUCAUGCGGUUUUUAGCUGCUGAACAACUCAUCGAUGUUAACAAAGCUGCAAGUGCCUUUACUGCAGUUUUACAAGGGCUCCAAAUACAUGGACAACAUGAAACUAACCAAGCAGGACUUAUAACACUUGGGGUACAAUUUUAUGAACUAUUGCGACCGAGAUUUUGUGUGCUUACAGAAAUAUUACAGUAUGUACCAAGCGUUAAUAUAGCUGAUAUUCGAAAAUUUGAAGAAAAAAUGUCUGUAGCCUCAGUUAAAGGAAAUAAGGUUGAUAAAACGAAGAAGGAUCUUUUUAAAAAGAUUACUACACAUCUUGUUGGGCGAAGUAUUAAUCAAUUAUUUCGACACGAAAUACAAAUAUCAAAUUUACCACCAAUGCAGUCACAGAAUAUAAAACAUUCUAUCGACCUUAUCGAAACACACCAAAAUUUAGGCUUACCAAAUCUUUUUCAUACAAGCAAAUGACCCAAAUAAAUAAAUAAUUAUCAGCACAUAAAAUGAAAAGACUUGUAUGUAAUUCUAAAUUGAACAGUACAAAUACGUUUGAAUGUGGCUCUCCAAAAUACGAAUUACAAUAACUUUAUAAUAGAAUAUUUUUUAAAUAAAAAUUAUUUAUUUUUAAUAUUAUUUAAA